GGUGUGUCGUCGGCUUGUCCGCACUAUCGUCAUGGUGCCGACCUGUAGAUGCCUGUCAUCAUCGGCAUUUCCGCGAUGCGUCCUCGACCAGACAGCGGCACAGCAAGACCCGCAACGGCAUCUAUCCCUUACCCCCGACACGCGACAACGACGACAACGACAAUGUCUAUGACGCCGACAAAUGACGACCCCUCACUCUCAUCUCACCACCAAGACCCACGCACACCACGCACACCACCAUCACCACCCACGACCGGACGUUCCCAAGUCUAUCUCCGGGCCUCCCUCCCACGCCCCCGGACCCGGGAGUCCGCCCCAACCGCACGGAUCGCGCCCAAUUGGGAUGUUCCAAUCGCCAGAUGAACGGGCGGGACAAACGUCGGGACCCAUGUUUCAUCAGCAAUCAGAUUGGCCCCGGGCACGGCCACAGCUUGGCCUUUCUCAAUCUCGCCCCCAAAAAAAGCAACACGGUGCCUGAGUUGUGCCGAUCCAGGACACCCGUGACGUGACGGCUUUACGCGCUCCGCGGGGCGGGCGGCCGCGCGCGCGCUCUCUCGGCUACUUGCCCCCAUACGGCAGGACAAGGC